AUGGCCAGUGCGGACACGGAUGCUGGCAUUCGAGAGCUCCUGUCAAGCAACAGCUAUUUCGGCUUGGAUGAGGAUCAAGUGACGAUCCUGGUGCAGGAGAAAGUGGCAGCCCUUGCGAACAGCGAUGCGCUCCUGAGCAUGGCGGGGCCGUACAAGGUGGCAACAAAACCCCACGGCCAUGGCGACGUGCACUUUCUGCUCCAUUCUGCCGGGCUUGUGGAAAGGUGGAUGGGCGAGGGCCGAAAGUGGGUGCUGUUCUUCCAGGACACCAACACGCUGUACCUGACCACCUUUCUUUGCUCCUUGGGGGUCUCUGUGCGGCACGGGCUCGAGGCCAGUAAGCCUAGUGAAUUCAGUGGCUAUGCCUCGCAAGGCCAAAGAAGCCGUGGGGUCCAUCGCUCGUGCCGCACUGACAACUGA